UCCAACAGGUUUGUGGACUGCAGGAAGUAAGGCAUGAAAAUAGGAGUUUUUUUUCUGAUGGAAGGCAGUGAUGUAGUUUAUUAGAACGCACUGAAUAUCAGAACAAGGCUGGCUGUGUGUUUGAGGUGAAUCUAAAUUCAUCGGUUUCGGUGUAUCUGCUGGAGGAUUAAGGUACAGCCCGGAAUGUCUGCCGUUCUGCCACUGGUCCGGAUCAAUCCAGAGCACCAAAUGGAUAAUCUCAAGGAUGAGGCCUCAGACUCCGAGGGGACGGGGAGCGCCAUGCCUCCGGAGGAAGCCAGCAGCCCCCUGCACAGCUCCGAAACCCUUGAAUACCCAGGUGACAAGCAGUGCCCCAGCUGCCUGGAGGUUGUCCCGUCGGCCGAGGAGGUGCCAGAUGGGGAGGAACCGGGCGAGGCCCCUCCCCUGCUGGAGGAGAGGUCGGAGACCCCACCCCCGCAUCUCUGCGAUCCCAGUGUCCACAUACGGGUAGUCCCCGGAGGCUCACUGCUGAGCGAGCAGGAGCUGACGCAGAGGAGCAGUGAGGAGGAGGAGGAGGAGAAAGUGUGUGUCUUGGCCAACGGAGGCAGGGCCUUGGAAGGGGGCAGCAAUCCGGAGCACCGGCCCUUCCUGGCGUUCCGGAGCCGCAGCCGGGCUGCGAUGGACAGGGAGCAGCCGGACGAGGAGGCGGCCUGGGAGGCCGAGGGGGACGGGGUGGACAGGGGCUGCUGCGGCUGCUGCAGCCGCUCCAGCCUGAAGGGCACGGCAGCCCUGGCGGGGUCCCUGCUCGUCUACCCCUGCUUCCUGUACGGCGCCUAUGUCUUCCUGCCCUUCGACGUGCCCCUGAUGCCCGACCUCGGCGCCCGCCUCAUCUACACCCUCCGCUGCAGCAUCUUCGCCACUGUCCCCAUCCUGAUGGGAAUUAUCGUGUACGGGCUGGCGCGCCUCUGCUCCUCCUCGAUUGACCCGUUCGAUAAGCAGAAGGAGGAGGUCGAGAUCCACCUGCGCUUCUUCACGGACUCGGUCCAUCUCUUCCUGCUGUUCCUCGUGAACCUGCUGGUGCUCUCCACCUACCUCCCGCACGAGGUGCUCAAACUGCUGCCUCUCCUCACGGCCUUCUUCGCCCUGGCCAGGCUGAUUUACUGGCUAACCUUCGCCAUCAGCAGCACCUUCAGGGGUUUUGGCUACGGCCUCACCUUCUUCCCCAUCCUGGGCCUACUCAUCUGCAAUCUGUGCUACAUGUUCGUGCUGUCCCCCGAUCAGAUGUUCUCGACCUCCCUCAGCCAGGAGGAACAGAGUCAGGCCCCGCGCCAGAGGUUCUGGGGGUGAACGGUAUUUGGAAAGUGGACGUUAACCUGUCUUCUUGAGUUUCUUUGUUGGUCAGCGUCCUGGCCGUCUUCAGAAUCUGGUUUAAUAUCACCGGCAUAUGUCAUGAAAUUUGUUAUUUUGCAGCAGCAGUACAAUGCGAUACAUAAUUAAAAAUAUUGCAAUAAGACACACACACGCACACACAUAUAUGAAUUAUUAUGUAGUACAAAAAGAAAAAAUUGUGAGGUUGUGUACAUGGGUUGGUUGUCUCUUCAGUAAUCUGAUGUUGGAGGGGGAAGAAGUUGUUCCUGAAUCACUGAGAGUGUGCCUUCAGCCUCCUGUACCUCCUCCUUGAUGGCAGCAAUGAGAAGAGGGCAUGUCCUGGGUGAUGGGGAUCCUUAAUGAUGGAGGCCACACUUUUGAGGCUCUUGAAGGUGUUCUAGAUGCUGGGGAGGCUGGUGUCUAUGAUGGAGCCGGCAGAGUUUAUAACUUUCUGCAACUUUUUCGGAUCCUGUGCAGUGCCCCUCGCCCCAUAUGAGAUGGUAAUGCAACCAUUUAGAAUGGUCUCUGUGGUACCUCUGUAUAAAUUUGUGAGCCUUUGUUUCAUAUUAAUAAAUAGCCACGAAUAGCAAAGCAGUCGAUGGGCCGAAUAGCUUAAAUCUGCUCCUAUGUCUUAUAUUCUUAUAGUGUCACAUCUAUACAUUCUUGGCUGCAACAGAGUGGCUACUGGCGACUGGGCAAACUCUGAAUAAACUAAACAUUCUGGGAGGUUCUGUAGUUUCUGAUGUAUCCCGGUUAACUGUUACCACCUGAGGCUGCAGGGAAAAGUUGGCCUGCAGUUUCGAAACGCCUGGCCUGUCCCUUUCAUGGAUGUCCGGAAGCAGCUCGUAGUUUCAAGAAAUUGUGGGAAAUGGUUGACUCAGGAAGAUCCCACAGGUGCAGAGGGAGCCGUGGCUGGGCUCUUGGCCAGUGGUGAGUGAGGCCAAGCGAGUUUUAUGUGCUGUUCUGGUCACCUACAUGCAGGAAAGCACUGGAGUUGAGAUGUCCUGUUGAAGUUGUAUAAGAUGUUGGUGAGGCCAAAUUUGGAAUAUUGUGUGCAAUUCGGGUCACCUACCUGCAGGAAAGGUUAAAACAAAACAGAAAGAGGUUGGAGAAAAUUUACAGGGAUGUUGCCAGUGCUCGAGGACCUGCGUUAUAAGGAAAGGUUGAAUAGGUUUGGACUUUAUUCUCUGGAGCAGAGGAGAAUGAGGGGAGUUUUCAUAGAGAUAUACGAAAUUAUGACGUGUAUAGAAUGGGAAAUGCAAGCAAGCUUUUUCUACUGAGGCUGGAUGAGACUAGAAGCAGAGGUCAUAGAUUUAGGAUGAAAGGUGAAAUAUUUAAGGGGAACCUGAGGGGGAUCUUCUUCGGAGAGUGGUGUGAGUGUAGAAUGAGCCACCAGCGCAAGUGGGUUUGAUUGCAACAUUUAAGAGAAGUUUGGCUAAGUACGUGGAUGGGAGGGAUAUGGAGGGCUGUGGUCCAGGUGGGGGCUGACCGGACUAGGCAGAACAACAAUUUGGCAUGGACUUGAUAGGCCAUAGGACCUGUGUCUGUUCUGCAGUACUCUACACUGAGGCCACAGAAACCUGGAGCUGCUGGAGGAACUGAGCAGCAACCAGGGUGGUGGUGGGGAAAUGACAGUCGACAUUUUAUAGACUCACAUAUCUGAGAUAAAGGCCCUUCAGCCCAUCUAGUCCAGACAGACCUAAUACAGGCAAGUCCCAUUUUCUCAUAUUUGACCCAUAUCCCUCAAAACCCUUCCAGUCCAUGUACUGUGGUUAGUUAGUGCUGUUACAGCUCAGGGGAUCAUAUUUCAGAGUUUGUAAAUCCUACCCAUACAAUGCAUGAGUUUCCUCCCAGUGCUAAAGUUUUUUUCCCCAAAGUCCAAAGACGUACUGGUCCAUAACUUAAUUGUCCAUUGCAAUUGACCCGUUACAGAGAAAAGUUGAACAAGUUGGAUCUUUAUUCCUUGGAGCGUAGAAGGGGGGACUUGAUAGAGGUAUUUAAAAUUAUGAGGGGGAUAGAUAGAGUUGACGUGGAUAGGCUUUUUCCAUUGAGAGUAGGGGAGAUUCAAACAAGAGGACAUGAGUUGAGAGUUAAGGGGCAAAAGUUUGGGGGUAACACGAGGGAGAACUUCUUUACUCAGAGAGUGGCAGCUGUGUGGAACGAGCUUACAGUAGAAGUGGUAGAGGCAGGUUCGAUUUUGUCAUUUAAAAAAGAAUUGGUUAGGUAUGUGGACAGGAAAGGAAUGAAGGGUUAAGGGCUGAGUGCAGGUCGGUGGGACUAGGUGAGAGUAAGAGUUCGGCACGGACUAGAAGGGCCGAGAUGGCCUGUUUCCGUGCUGUAAUUGUUAUAUGGUUAUAUUAAGCUAGGGUUAAAUCGUGGGUUGCUGGGCAGCGUGGCUCGAGGGACCGAAAGGGUCUUUUCUGCAUUGUAUCUCUAAAUAAAAUAAAAAUGGUGUCAAGGUACGUACUUCAGGCACUCCC